AUGCUGCUGCUCUGGGCACUGCUGCUGUGCUGGAGGCUGCCGCCCCAAGCCCAGGGGGAAGCCCAGCACCUGCUCUUCCUGAGGAUCAGCAAGACACAGCUGAAGACAGACAUUUCAGAUCUGCUCUCAGAGCACCACGUCCUGGACCGGCUGGUCAAGAUGCCAGUGACGGGGGCCGCAGGUGAAGGCGUCUCUGUCCUAGACCACCUGCCCUUCAUAAACGGAGGCCUUGUCAAGAGGAGCAGUGGGCUGAACCUGUCACUGGUCGGGGACCUGCUCUCAGGGAAGACAGUCCCAGAGCUGGGGGUGCUGCUGGGGACAGGCGGGUUAGUCAUAGAAGAUGCCCAAGGACCCGAGGUCACCCUGGAAGUCCUAAGCGACAGCCUGCUGCAGGUCACGUUGCGCUGCAAGCUGUACCUCUCGCUCCAGAAGAUCCUGAGGCUCGAAGUCAUCAAGAACAUUCGCAUUGGAGUCCGGCUGGAACAGACCGGGAAUAAGACCCAGGUGGCCUUCGAGGAGUGCCACACCCCACCCGGAUGCCUGAGCAUCAAGCUUCUGGAGCAGAUGGGCCCUGUCCUGGUGAAUGAAAUGAAGUCUGUGACUAGCGUCCUGGACCAGGCGUUGCCCUACCUCCUACAGAAGAUAGUGUGCCCUCUGGCCACAAAUCUGCUCAAUUUGGUGCUGGAAGACCUACUGCACGUGGUUCUGCCCCCAAGCUUUUCGGGCCCAGAUGACUUCCAGUACUUUGUCACCACCACGGAAUUCACUGAGGAGGCCAUCCUGAUGAAAGUCCAGUUCAUUACCCCCUGUGGCCCGCAUCGGAGAACCGCAAGGCCCCGCUACCUGGCCCCACAGUCCCUGCCAAGGUUAGCCCAAGGCAGCAUGGCAGACCUGGGCUUUGGGCUGGAAGUCUUCAAUGACAUCCUGUCCUGCCUGUAUACCAGUAAGGAGAUCCACGUGGACCCUCGGGACCCCACAGCUGGUGACCUUAUGCAGCUGUUGUCCCCGAGGGAGUUGGAGCCUGGACCCCAGCCCUCGCAUCAGUCCAGAGGGAGUGUGGGAAUGACCAUCAGCACCCCCGAGCCUCCCACUGUCCACCCUGAAGGUCACACAGCCAUGAUCAGCCAGCUGGGCUCAGUGGUGCUACUCGGGCCCAGCAACUCCUCCUCUACCUCAGUUUCCUGGAAAUUACUCUCAAAGGCUGCAUUUUCCUCAAGAAAUCAGGAACUCCAGAUAUCUCCAAACAGCUCCUCGGCCACCCUGGUCACUUACCCUGCUGGUGUCGAGAAGAAGGGUUAG